GCCAUGGAAGAAGUUAGGGCUAGCUCCGCUUGGGUCGCUUCUCAUUCUUCUCACGUCACCGUCGAUUCGGAAGGCAUUGAGAAAGUGGUGGAAAGUGUUGAGAAUUCCAUUCCGAAAGUGGAAUGGAAUUAUGAAGGGAUUCAUUACUUUGAUAAUGGUCCUUUAACAGUUCAAUACUUGUUUGUUCUGGAUGCUUUGAAUUUCUGCUUUUGGCCAGACAAGGAGUUAAACUAUGAUGAUUUGGCUUCAGGAUUGAAAGCAGCUCUUCAAAACGACCCAUCUGUGUUUGAUGCUGAUCGACUUCAGAAGUAUACUGGCCCUGAGUUGCGUGAACUGUUGAAAUGGCCAAGACCGCUUCCUUUGGAGGAUGAACGGGUUCGCUUGAUGCACGAGGUUGGCUUUGAGUUGGAGAGAAGCUUUGGGGGAAAGGCGUCCAACAUUGUGGAGUCUUGUGAAAAAUCAGCUGUAAAGCUUGUUGCCAUUAUUGCACGUCAUUUUCCUGGUUUCCGAGACCACACAGUGUACAAAGGUCGCCAGGUGUUCUUGUAUAAAAGAGCUCAGAUAUUUGCUGCUGAUUUAUGGGGUGCAUUCAAGGGUCAAAGAUACGGAGAAUUCAGUGACAUAGGUUCCAUCACUAUAUUUGCAGACUAUAUUGUUCCAGCCGUGCUUCAGCAGCUUGGAGUAUUGAGAUAUAGUUUAACCUUAGCCAACAGAAUUGAGGCUAAUAAGGAAAUUGGUUCAGGCAGUGAAGAGGAAGUUGAGUUACGAGCUUGCUCCAUAUAUGCGGUGGAAAAAAUGAGGGAUUUGAUCUGUAAAAGAACUGGGAAACAGGUGUUGAGUGUAGAAUUGGAUCUUUGGUUGUGGGCAUUCGGCGUUUCAAACCCUUCUCUUCAACAUCAUCGUACACUGUCUAUUUAUUACUGAGCUAAGUUUCCCGCAGCUAUGGCCUAUACUCGCCUUAUAGUCUCAUUAGUUACGAGUCUUGGAACAACGAGAGAAUUUUAUCUAAAAUGCGAAACUGUUACAUGUUGAUGUCCAUAAGAUAUCUUAUUUUGGUCGAGUGAUUAAAAGAGUUCUGAAAGUUGGUAGA